GGUAGCAGCUGGGAGUGUAGAGGCAGGGAUGCAAGAAGGCAAGAGUACAGAAGAAAAAGGAGUCUUGAGACAGAUAUGCUACAGAAGAAAGAAAAGAAAAGCCGAACUCAAACUGACAAGAUUGGAACUGAUGUAACUGAUUGCCAACAAAAAGUAGUAUUCAAAAAGUCGGGCAGAAUACAAGGGAAAAUGCUCUUCCAAAAGGACAAAUUCAUGGAUUGUUUUUGGUAUGGGCACAUUUUUCCCACCUUACUAGUGAGCUAAAAGGAACAUGGACACAUCUUUUGUAGUACAUUAACAUCCAUCGGAUGGGAUGAAUUCUCAUUUUAAGAUGACUUGUUGUCUGAAAGAAGCUAGAAACAUUUAUAGAUAAUGGAUGAGCAUGUGCCCUUAGCAAGAAUUCAACUUCUUCUUAGAUCAGUUGCCUUAGCUUUAAUCGCUCUUUCUCUUUCACCUAGAACUGUGGCAGCUAAGCCACAGUUUGCAGCUAUGUUUGUAUUUGGUGAUUCGUUAAUUGAUCCUGGAAACAACAAUGAUCUUAACUCCUUGGCAAAAGCGAAUUAUGUUCCUUAUGGUGUGGAUUUCAAUGGAGGAGUACCGACUGGCAGAUUUUGCAAUGGAAAAACCAUCAUAGAUUACUUGGGAGACUUGCUGGAACUUCCUUUACUUCCACCGUACACGAGUUCAUCUAGUGGAAACAUUGUUGGGGGAGUGAAUUAUGCCUCUGCUGCAGCAGGCAUUCUUGAGGAGACGGGACAAAAUCUUGGUGAAAGGUUCACCUUAAGUGAACAAGUCCAGAACUUCGACAACACCUUGAAUCAACUUAAGGGCCAAAUGAAUGAGCAGGAGUUGAGUCACUAUUUGGCCAGUUCCUUGGUUGUAAUGAUCCUUGGUAGUAAUGACUACAUAAACAACUAUCUACAACCUUCAUUUUACACCACAAGCUAUUUUUAUACUCCUGAGGACUAUGCUGAUCUUCUCAUUCAGCGUUACAGAAGGCAAAUAUUGGUAUUGCAGAGCCUUGGAACGAGGAAGUUCUUUUUGGGUGGAAUUGGACCACUUGGCUGUAUUCCUAAUCAGCUGGCAACUGGUCUUUCUUCACCAGGGAAGUGUGUGUCCUUUGUGAAUGAUUAUGUUGGAAUGUUCAACGUGCGCCUAAGAUCUCUCGUUGAUCAGUUUAACAGAGAUUAUAAGGGGUCAAUCUUUGUUUAUGGCAACACUUUUGCAGCACUUGGUGAUAUAAUAAGAAACGCCUCUACUUAUGGUCUUACUGUCACUGAUAGAGGCUGUUGCGGUAUUGGAAGAAAUCAAGGGCAAAUAACUUGCUUGCCAUUUUCCAGUCCUUGCACUAAUAGGAGUCAGUACAUCUUCUGGGAUGCUUUCCAUCCAACAGCAAUUGUGAACCAAAUUCUUGCUAGCAAAGCUUACGGUGGAACAACUUCUGAUUGUUAUCCCAUGAAUGUGCAACAAAUGGCACAAAUAUAAUUUAUCAUUUGUUUAUGGUUUAUAAUAUGUGAA